AAAAGCUUAACAAGAAGCAACAGGAUUUAGAACUAGAGGGGCUCACAACAAGCAGAAUGCUCAAGCCCAAACAGCGACAAUGGGGAACUGUGGAAUGCAGUGCUGCACCCAAAAGGCCGUCGCCUGAGCCUCGGAUCCCAAUCAAAGACACUGCUCAGAGCCAAUGAAGCCUUUGUCUGAGCCAGAAAACAAAAAGGAAAACGUGAUGUCGCGAUCUAGGAUUGGGUUGCGACUGAGCGCCCCCCAGCCAAUCACAAGCAUGUGUCUAGUUACAUAAGCCCCAACCAGAGUGCUGACAUAAGCAGUGGUUUGCACGCAAGAUUUGCCUGCAAGUCGAUUUGUUGACCACCUCUGCUGACGACCGACCGCCCUGAUCCUGCUCGAGAACGCCGCCGGUGUGCCCAAGAAUCUCCUCUCCCCUCUCCCAAAAGUUGUCUUUGCUAGUAGUCGCAGUCAGCUGGGUGGACUGUGACAUUUUUGCACCCAAUUGAGUCCCCCAUCCCUUCCGAUCACGUUCUCGCACAAUCCAGCCCACCAUGUUUUACCGAGCAACCGCUGCCCGCUCCAUCCUCCGAGCGGCUCCGUCUACGGUCAAUGCCUCUAUAACCCGCUCUACCUUAACGAAUACCAUCUUCAAGUCGCAGUUCACAGCCUCUGCUCGCCAAUCGCCUUUCGUCCGUCCCACCACCUUGGCCCUCGCUACCCGAAAGCCGGUAACCACCGCCUUGGUUCGAUAUGCUUCUACCGCAGAAAAGAAGGCAGGCACCGAGCUUGUUGAGGACCCAGACGUCGACAUGAUGGCUGGCGUGAAGAAUGACGUGAAAGUCAUCAAGGACACAUUCAGUCUCCAGGAUGUCCCAAAGGAAGCUCUCUAUCUCGGUUUGGCCGGUGUUACCCCAUAUGUGGUCACUUCCCUCAACACCAUCUACCUUGCCUGGGAGAUGAACAACGCAUUGACCACCGGCAGCGGCAAAUAUAUCUCGGGAGAGACCGCUGAGCUCCUCAUGAACGUCAUGGAGCCAAUCCAGGUUGGCUAUGGCGCUGUGAUCCUUUCGUUCCUCGGUGCUAUCCACUGGGGUCUGGAGUGGGCUGGAUAUGGCGGCAAGGUUGGCUACAGACGUUAUGCUUACGGAGUCAUUGCUCCAGCUGUCGCCUGGCCAACUCUGCUGUUCCCAGCUGAAUAUGCGUUGAUCACUCAGUUCCUAGCCUUCACCUUCCUGUACUAUAACGACGCUCGUGCGGCUGUCAAGGGAUGGACCCCAUCCUGGUACCACAUGUACCGCUUUGUUCUCACCUUCGUUGUUGGUGCCAGCAUUGUUGCCAGUCUUAUCGGACGUGAGCAACUGGCGUCCCACUAUGCCUCGAAGCACGGCGUUGCCGAUAAGGUCCAGGCUUUAAGAUCGAUUGAGUGGAAGAACGAGGCUGAGGCUGCGAAGGAAGCUGAGGGCAAGGAGGAAUAAGCCAGCUGCAGUCAAGUGAUGGUGUAGACAAGCGGAAAAAAGUUUGCAUUAGCAUUGGUGGCAGUGGGUUGGUGUUGUUCAUCAUUCCCUAGGAUCGUGUGUAGAUUAGCUGGAUCACCCUUUUUUUUGUUUGGAACUUGCGAACGCAAUAAUUUCAUUUGUUCAGUUUUCAU